GAUUUUCGCAAUGCCGGCGGAUCAGAUUUUGUACUCGGAUAAGUACUUCGAUGACAAGUACGAAUACAGGCACGUAAUUUUGCCUGCGGAUUUGGCCAAACAUGUCCCCAAGGCCCAUCUGAUGACGGAGACAGAGUGGCGCAAUCUGGGAGUGCAGCAGAGUCCUGGAUGGGUGCACUACAUGGUCCAUGCACCGGAGCCGCAUGUGAUUCUCUUCCGUCGCAAACGCGUCGAGGAGGAAGCGGCGGCGCCACAGGUGGCAGCUACUUCGGAAUCGCAGAAUCGCGCGAAUGUGUGCGCCUAAGACAGAAUCAGACCAGUUUAUUGCCACUCAGGGAGUCUCAUAUACUCAUGCAGUAUUUCAUAAGUUAGCAUCAGGCAUCCUGAUGUAAAAUUAAGUUCCAUAGCUUUAGGAGCUGACUAGUUCAAAGAAACAUACAUAUAUGUACAUACAUAUGAUACCAAGUUAAUUUCAUUAGUUUAUUUACCUAAAAUACAAUCGAAGCGUACGCCAAGUGU